CUCACGUGCAUUUGUUUAUAAACUUCAGAAAUGGGUUCCAAAAAGAAAUUAGCAAAGAAAAUUGACGAAAUUAAACAUCCAGGAAGCAGAAAGACAGUUGCUGCUGUAAGGGAGUUGAAGAAAAUUAAAAAGAGAGAAAGCAUUAAGGAAGGUUUUGCAGCAAAGGCCAAUAUUGUAGGCAAAAAAUUGUCAUACUUCGCAGAACAGGUCGAACAUUUUGAACAGGAUAAGAAAUGUCUAACUCCAGACGAGUUUCAAGAGAUAAUAGAAAAGUACUUCCAUCGUUUCGACGAUGAAUUAGAACAGAUCAAAUUAAAGACACAAGUUAAUAAGAAACGACAGAAUCAGCAUGCUAAUCGAGAAUCAAUCAUCAAAAUGUCGUUGGAUAAGGAUAUGAAAAACUUUAGUGCUGGUGGAAUUGAAUUAGUCGACUUAACCGAUCCAGUUAAUUUUGAAAAAUUUAAGAACUGGGAUGGAAAUUCACACAACAUUCAGCACAUGGAAUUAAAGUUCAUUUCAAAAAAAUAUCUUAAGCAACUGAAAGAAAAGAUUGUUGAAAGUCAAAUUAUGCAGGUUGAAUGAAUGAUAAGAGAAGUUACUUUUAUUUUUCUAUUAAGCUUUAUUUAAUCUUAUUCCAUGGAUAAAUGUGCAUAAACA